AUGCGACUUAGCAUUUUCGCCCUGUUUUGUUUCUUUUCAUUGUCAGUACUUGCCACUGACCCUACGAUUGAUACCCUCUUUGUGAUCAAGGACACGGAUACACACGGCGGUUGCAGACAACGCCGGCAAGCCCUCGAAAACUACCUAUCCGAGUCUAGGGCAUUAGUAGCAGCCGGCCUGCAGGCAAUUGAACAUGCGAAAGAUUCUUCCGCGAGGGAGUCUGUCGUUGCCAAGCGGUACCUAUAUACGUACUUUAGGGCGGCUGAUGACGCAUCGAUUAAUUUUGUGGAGAGCUUCUUGAUAUCAGUUCGAGAUUUCUUAUCUGGCGACAGUGAUGCCAGAGUUCCAAACACUCCACACCUAUAUUGCGACGAUACAUGGCUUGUGAAGUUGGAACCCACUGAUAUAGCCUGGGAUCGCGAAAAGAAUGACGUGUAUACGAUCGGCAAAGAUGGUGUUUUCCAACCAGUGCCGAUUGAUCAAAUCGAGAUUUACAGAAAGAAUCUCUGGGUGCUAGACGAGAAAGGCAACUGGGAGAGAACUGGAAGAGUACCCUACUGGUCGGAUGACCUGUCUCAAUACGUCUUCGAUAUUAGCUACAGAAAAGGUAAGACUUUCUGUACUGAUUCGGGGGGUAACCUUGGUGUGACCCAGGAUCAGACAAUACCAAGUACCGUCACACUGUGUCCCAGAUCCUUCAAAUCUAAAGUCAAACUUGCAAAGCUUGGGAACACAGCCCCUAAGGCAAGAAUGGCGCUCGCCAAUGUUCUUCCACAGUCCAUGACGUUCUAUCACGAACUGUACCAUGUGGCCAUAGGAAAUCAACAGACACCCGAUUUGAGCUGUGAGUUUUCCACGAAAGAGCGCAGGUUGUCUUUUAUCCGUGCAUUUUCUAACGGCCCCAAAGAUCAAUGGACAGAAUCUCAAGAUUGGCUCCAGGGCAAGCUGCCGACUGCUGUGUCUGUGCCCUACGACAAAGACCACGAGCACCUUAUUCGACGUAACCCUGAAUCAUACUUAUGGUUCACUGUGGGUUAUUGGUAUUUCCUGCAGACUCAGUGGUCCGGAUCGUCUGAUAACAGAUGGAGUUUCGAUACUGGGGUUGCUCAAUUGAUCUCGAUUUAG